AUUGCUUGCAGGUUUGUUGUUUGUUGGGUCUUCGCUCGGCUACUCUCGCCUGCGCGUUUUCUUCAUUCCCUCCUCUCUCCAGAGAUCGAUGCGCUCGGCUCUCGGCUCUGCCUGGAGUUGUCAGUGCGGCGACAGCGGUGCUGAAUAUGGCGUCAGACGGGAUGAUUUUAACCAACCACGACCACCAAAUCCGGGUCGGCGUCCUGACAGUAAGUGACAGCUGCUUUAGAAAUCUCGCUGAAGACCGCAGCGGGGUCAACCUCAAAGACCUCGUACACGACCCUUCCUUGCUUGGAGGAACCAUCGCAGCUUACAAAAUCGUUCCUGAUGAACUCGAUGAGAUCAAGGAGACGCUGGUCGACUGGUGUGAUGAGAAAGAGUUAAACCUGAUUUUGACCACGGGUGGCACUGGCUUCGCCCCGCGAGAUGUCACACCUGAGGCCACUAGAGAUGUGAUCGAGCGGGAAGCUCCAGGGAUGUCUCUGGCCAUGUUGAUGGGCUCUCUGAAUGUCACUCCUCUGGGGAUGCUCUCCAGACCAGUUUGUGGUAUACGAGGAAAAACUCUCAUCAUAAACCUGCCUGGCAGUAAAAAAGGUUCACAGGAAUGUUUUCAGUUCAUCCUGCCCGCUCUCCCUCACGCCAUCGAUCUUCUGCGAGAAGCUGUGGUCAAAGUGAAGGAGGUGCCCAAUGAGCUGGAGGACCUGCCCUCUCCUCCGCCCCCUCUGUCCCCGCCCCCCGGCAGCAGCCCCCACCGACAGACGGAGGAUAAGGGGGUGCAGUGCGAGGAAGAGGAGGAGGAGAAGAAGGACAGCGGCGUGGCCUCCACGGAGGACAGUUCCUCCUCGCACAUCACAGCCGCCUCCAUCGCUGCCAAGAUUCCCGACUCCAUCAUCUCACGUGGAGUUCAGGUCCUCCCCCGCGACACGGCAUCAUUGAGCACCACGCCGUCAGAGUCGCCGCGUGCUCAGGCUACCUCUCGCCUCUCCACCGCCUCCUGCCCCACCCCUAAGGCGCGGCUUCCCUCCUCCUCAUCCACCCUAAGCAUUGCUGAGGCGUCGCGGCGAGAGUUCAGAGCACACCUGGAUGAGGUCAUCACUCUGAAGUCAAGGUACUCAACCUUGGACCAGCUCCAGUGUAGGUUGGAGGUGCUAAAAGAUGAUCGUCGUGGCCAUAGGACCUUCAGUUCUCGAGUGCAGUCACGAUGCAGCAGCAAAGAGAAUAUCCUCAGAGCAAGUCAUAGUGCGGUGGACAUCACCAAAGUUGCACGGCGACACCGGAUGUCCUCGUUUCCCCUCACGUCGAUGGACAAAGCCUUCAUCACUGUGCUAGAGAUGACCGCCGUUCUGGGCACUGAAAUCAUCAACUACAGAGACGGGAUGGGUCGAGUUCUGGCUCAGGACGUGUAUGCCAAAGACAACCUGCCUCCAUUUCCGGCGUCUGUUAAAGACGGCUACGCUGUGAGAGCCGCCGACGGUCCUGGUGACAGAUUUAUUAUUGGCGAGUCUCAGGCUGGUGAACAGCCCACGCACACCGUGAUGCCGGGUCAGGUGAUGCGGGUGACAACAGGUGCUCCCAUCCCGUGCGGGGCGGACGCAGUGGUUCAGGUGGAGGACACAGAGCUGCUGCGAGAAUCUGAGGACGGCACAGAAGAACUUGAGGUGCGAAUUCUGGUUCAAGCCCGUCCGGGUCAAGACAUCAGGCCCAUCGGUCAUGACAUUAAGCGUGGUGAAUGCGUAUUGACCAAAGGCACUCACAUGGGCCCGUCUGAAAUCGGUCUGCUGGCCACGGUGGGCGUCACAGAGGUGGAGGUGCAGAAGUUUCCUGUAGUGGCUGUGAUGUCUGCAGGCAAUGAGCUGCUGAACCCAGAGGAUGAUUUACACCCGGGUAAGAUCAGGGAUUCAAAUCGCUCUACGCUGCUGGCAACCAUUCAAGAGCACGGCUAUCCCACCAUCAACCUGGGCAUCGUCGGAGACAACCCUGAUGACCUGUUGAAUGCUCUGAACGAGGGUAUCAAUCGUGCUGAUGUCAUCAUCACCUCAGGGGGCGUGUCCUUGGGCGAAAAGGAUUUUCUGAAGCAGGUGCUUGAUAUAGACCUUCACGCUCAGAUACACUUUGGGCGUGUCUUCAUGAAACCAGGUCUCCCCACAACAUUUGCAACACUUGAUAUGGAUGGGUCUCGAAAACUUAUCUUUGCUCUGCCAGGUAGGGACGCGGAAGUAAACGGGCGCAUGUCCUCUCUCGCAGGGAAUCCGGUCUCCGCGGUCGUAACAUGCAACCUCUUCGUCAUACCUGCCUUGAGGAAAAUGCAGGGAAUCUUAGACCCUCGACCCACCAUAAUCAAAGCCAGGUUGUCAUGUGACGUAAAGCUCGAUCCACGGCCCGAGUAUCACCGAUGUAUUUUAACAUGGCACCAUCAGGAACCUCUGCCGUGGGCACAGAGCACAGGGAAUCAGGUUAGCAGCAGACUCAUGAGCAUGCGGAGCGCCAACGGACUGCUGAUGUUACCUCCCAAAACCGAGCAAUAUGUGGAGCUGCACAAGGGCGAGGUGGUGGACGUCAUGGUGAUCGGUCGUCUAUGAUGUCAUCAGAGAGGGACGGAUGAGCGAGGGGUGCUUCACGGUGCAUGUUCACAUAUCAUUGACUGUAAUAUGCAACGGCACAGCUAGUUUUUAUUGAUUUGGAUAAUGCUGAAGUAUAGUCGACAUCUUGAUCACAAAAAUAGAUACAUAUGAGAAAAAAAGUCUAUUAUUUCAAACAAAGAAAAAAUAUAACUUUUA